AUGAAGCUGCUUAUUGCCGUCGUCGUUGCAGUCGCCGCUGUUGCCACGUCUUUUGUGAUCGACAGUCCAGCGAAUUGGGUGUUUGACCCAAAAACACUCAAGGCUGUUUCCCACCGUGGCAUUGAGGCCGCACGCGUUCAACACGGCGUUAACGCCACACCGGAACAAGUGAUAGAAAAAGUCAUCAACGAGCUUACGAAAACAUACCCUCGUUACGCGGUGUAUUCCGGCAGGUGGCUCUGGAACAACGCCGGUGGAGCAAUGGGCUCCAUGACGGUACUGCAUUGCUCUUUUACGGAGUAUGUUAUCAUCUUUGGUACCGCCGUCGGCACGGAGGGUCACACGGGCCGAUUUCACUGGGCAGAGGACUUCUUUACAAUUCUUUAUGGCGAGCAGUGGGCAUCUUUGCCAAAGGCGGCGAAUCCGGAGAUUUACAAGCCAGGGGACCAGCACUAUCUCCCCAGGGGUAGUGCAAAGCAAUAUCGGAUGCCAAAUGCCUGUUGGGCAUUGGAAUAUGCACGAGGCAACAUUCCAUCCAUGCUUUUUUUUGGUCUUGCGGAUAGCAUUACCUCGACCGUUGACCUUUUGACACUAUUCCAGACUGUUUAUGAAAGUGCCUGGAGUAUGAUACAAAACCUCAUUCAGGGUAAAAUUUAG